UUUGGGUAUAAAGAAAGCCUUUAAAUUAGGGAAGCUUUCAUUCUGCCUGAAACAUGGACUCGGACAGCAAUAUCCUGCAUGAAAAAUUUGAGAACUGCUCGAUGUACAGAGGGUAUGGAUCGUCAGUCUUUAAACAAAAAAGUUUGUUUCCUGUAUACGGUCUUGUGGGACUGGCUUAUAUCAUGAUCCUGGCUCUCUUUAUUAUAUUCUUUUCUAGGUCGGCAAAUUUCAACCAGAACCAGAACAUGAUUGAAUCUAGUGUGGCCAACCUAACGAAGAAAGUGAGCGUCCUUGAAACAUCUUUGCCAAGACUUGAGACAGGCUGUGGCACUGGAUGGAUGGAGUUCAAUAACAGUUGCUAUUUUUUCACAACAACUAAAUCGAACUGGUUUAAAGCCAGGACAUUUUGUGUAAGGAAGGGAAGUGAUCUGACUGUAAUUACCAGCGAGAUGGAGCAUAAGUUCCUCUUUGCCCAUGCCGAUACUGAGCGUCACUGGAUUGGUCUAAAUGAUGUUGAAGAAGAAGGUACAUGGACUUGGGUAGAUGGAGCAAACUACAGUGCAUCGGUUCAAUUCUGGAAGAAAGGAGAGCCUAAUGAUUAUGGCAAAAAUGAAGACUGUGCCCUGUUACACACGACUGGAGAAUGGAAUGAUAUGCCUUGCACGUUUACAGACUCGUACGCUAUUUGUGAAAAAAAAUUGAUGUGAGCUCUUAUUCUCUAAAUGACCAUAUGUAGUGGGUAACAUUUUGCCAUUUUCCAUAAAUAGAUGUAUUUAUAGAUAUAUUCACUAUAGAGUUUUAUAUAUAAUUUCAUUAAUACAAAACCUUGUUUCUAGUUCAGGUGUCUUAUUUUUUUCAAUAUAUAUUUGGUUUACUAAAAAUUCUGCUUUUGUUCCAUACAUACAUGCAAAAAAAAAAUUAUACACAAAAGAUUGUACAUAAAUAUAAAAUACAAAAGCUUGCCAAUGAUACCACACACUCAAUAAUAAAGAAUUGAAUCUAUUUAAAAAAAAAAAAAUACUUAUUUUGAUCUGUCUUGACAUAGUGUGAAAUAAGCCUGCAUGCUUGAUAUCUGACCCAAUGCGC